GUUUAGCGAGUGGCACAAAACGUUCCGGUGUGAGUUGUUCGGAGCUAAAAGCUGUUGUAGAUAGAAAAAUAAAACAAAAAGGCUUAUUUUCGAAAAAUAAGCAAAUUAUAAAAAUGCUUAUAAAAAAUCCGAAUAAUAUUUUUGUGCCGGAUUAUUUGGAUGAGAACUUUUUCGUGGCCGCACUCGAAGAGGGUUUGCGUGAAAUCCAGCUAACGGUAAAUGAAAUAACUUUCGAAUGGGGCAGCAACCCCGGUGAUAAUUACUGCUCACGCAUCUAUCGCGUCUCAGUCGCCUAUGAGCGUCUAGUCGACGAUGAUGAGCCGCCGGUACAAGAGCAGCGUUCGUUAAUCGUCAAAAGUAUACCGAUUUCGGAGGACACACGUUUCCUUGAAGAUGUAGGUGUUUUUGUUAAGGAGAAAUUGGCCUACUUGGAUGUAUUGCCACGUCUACAAAUACUUGUAGACGGUCCGAAAUUUUCUGCCACCUGCCUUUAUGCAGUCAAAGCACCCACUCGCACCAUUGUGUUUACUGACUUAAAACCCGAAGGAUUUGUGCUUGCCUCGCGACAGGAUCAGCUCGAUUGGGCACACUGUGAAUUGAUCUUGCAACAAACAGCGCGCCUACAUGCCACGUCAAUGAUUUUAGCCCAGCGUGAUCCCGAUAUCACCAAGCGCAUGGUCGACGGUAUGCUGUGCAAGAAGACUGUAUUAAAAAGUGAUCUUUUCAAAAAUAUGGCUGGCAGUAGCUUGAAGCACCUGGCCUACAAUGCAGAAAAAUGGCCCGGAUUUGAAAAGAUCGCACAAAAAUUGCACUAUUUUCACGAUAAUUUCAAGCCCAUAUGUGCACACUUAGCCGAUCGUCGCGAGGGCGAUCGUAUCAUUGUGAUGAAUCAUGGUGAUCUCUGGACAACAAAUUUCAUGUACGCCUAUGAUGAUCCCAAACAACCCGCGAAGCCAACGCGCGCUAUUUUUGUGGACUUCCAACUUAAUUUCUAUGGCAGCCCUGCCUGCGAUCUCAACUUCUUUUUCAGCACUAGCGUGCGUCUGAAUUUGCUAAAGGAUCGACGAGACGAUCUCAUUAAUGUGUAUUACAAAACAUUCAAGGAGACCUUGGAGUUCCUUCAUUACGAAAAUAUACCGACUUUAGAAGAUCUAAAAUAUGAAUUGCGCGCUCGUGAACUUUACGGGUUUUUCGGUUUGUUCGGUUUUCUGCCCAUAAUUACUAUGCCAAAAGAGCUAUCAGAAGAUAGCAGUUUUGAAAGUUUCUUUGAUAAUGAAUCUGUCCGUCUAAAGUACAAAAAAGUAUUUGCACAAGAACAUUUGCAAGCGCAGCUAAAGUAUGGACUAAAGCGCUUAGAGGAUAUGGGUGUGUUCGACGAGUUUUAGUUUCUCUUUAAAAUUUAGUAGAACAACAUUCUAGAUGCUGUGAGCAUAUACAUACAUAACUAUGUAGAUAUUAAUAUAGAUCCCAAAUAAAAAUAUUAUGCUAUGUCUAUGUCUAAAAAUAAUUUCAUCUA